GGAACAAAAUUUCCUACAAUAAAACUAGGCUCAUCUUCAUCAUUAAGACCAGGAGAAUGGGUGAUAGCUAUGGGUAGUCCUUUGACGCUGAGCAAUACAAUAACAGCAGGUAUAGUCAGUACAGUACACAGAGGAGGAGAGGAACUGGGUCUGCCAAACAGGGACAUGGAAUACAUCCAGACUGAUGCUGCUAUCAAUGUUGGGAACUCUGGUGGACCCCUAGUUAACCUGGAUGGUCAAGUUAUUGGCAUCAAUGCAAUCACAGUCAAGUUUGCUUCAGGAAUUUCUUUCGCGAUUCCAAUUGAUGAGGUGAAGGAUUUCCUCAAAGGUGCUCAGGAAAAGAAAAGGUUGAUGAAAAGUGGCACAAACCAAAGAGCUCUUGGUCCAAGACAGCGCUGGUACAUUGGAAUCAACAUGCUCACUCUGUUACCUCAUAUCUUGGAGGAACUACAACUACGAGAUUCCACAUUCAAUAACCUUAAAGGUGGAGUCUUCAUUGCUGGUGUUAAUUACAGCUCACCUGCACACAUGUAUACAAUAUAUUUUUGUGAGUGUCUCACUAAUCCAUAGGAGACCCAACAACA